AUGGUCCGAAAGAUCGAAGAGUUAGCCGAUAUUAUUGUGGCCAAUGUGUGUGGAGCAAAAGCCACUGGUAAUCAUUAUGGAGCAGUCACUUGCGAAGGAUGCUUUUUUAAGCGUAGCCUACCGGUUUUCCGAUCCUUUCGCUGCUUUUUUGGGCACGAAUGCGAAAUUGCCCUGGAUUCACGUAACCGGUGCAAAGCUUGCCGAUUCACCCGAUGCAUUCAAGCGGGAAUGGCAUUGGAUGAUACUCUUGAUUUAAUCAGAUUGUUUCUCAGCGGUGAAGCUCGGACGCAUUCCAAACGCCAUAAAAAAGCGUACACCGAUCGUAGCUGUGGAGAAGAACGCGACAAACCGUCUAAAGACGAAGCUUCCACAACAUACCGCCCCACAAAGGUCACACACGACAGUCUCCACGCAAUCCGUGACUCCCGUCGUGCCCACCUACACCGCCCCGUCGGAAUCUAG